AUGCAUGCCACGGUCGACGAUCCCCCCUCUGCGACUGACCUCGCAACACAUGUCGUGUCCGUUCAGUCCGCCUCUCCUCCCCCCGCCGACUCCCCAAAUGAACACGGCCCCCUCCGCCGUUUGAAAUCCAAGUCCUCCUUGUGGAGUAUAGGGAGUAGCAACCCUGACGAGGAACCCAUACCCGAGCCUUCUAGUGCGGAGAAGAACGCUGGCAAGCAGUCUAUCUUCCGUCGCUUAUCUCCCGCCCUUGCGGCUAGGGUGAAGCUGCUCGACGGGGGUAGCAAGGUGACCAGUGCUCCACGGAACCCAGGCGCAGUCGGUCGGAUCCCAGAGGAACAACUGAAGGAACUGGACAGUCAGCACAAAGACCUUUCGAUCAAGGUGGAGAGGAGAGGUCAGGCGUGGAACGGAGUGGCUUUGACAUCACCGGCGUCAACAACAUCCCCGGAGCUCCUAAAACGAAGCGCGUCCAACAACCUCGAAUUACCAUCCCAGAAUCUGCUCCAGGAGUUUGAAAAAGCGCUAGAAGAAGGGUCAGAUAAUACCGACGCGGUCGUCGACGGUCCAGAACCGCCUGUUCUGGCGGAUGCCCCCUCGGUAACUGCCCCAGAUACAGAGACAAAUAUCUCAUCGACAUCCAUGUCUGUGGUGGAACCGGCGCCGGCGCAGCUGCGCGCUGAUCCCGAUCCAUCUCCCCCAGUGCCCGCGCAAGACGACCAGGAUACUCGAACCGACUUUGAGAAAUAUGUCGACGAUACCAAGCGCAGCGAGGAGCAGGCCGAAUCAGCUCCAGAACCUCCACCAAAAGAUGAAGAACCUCCUUCGUCCCCUACAUACUCCCUCUCUUCUUCCUCAAAUCCACAAUCAUACUUCAACCCCCGAGGCUUACAGCGCGCUGAAUCCAUAUACUCCUUUUCUCGUGCCUCUUUCAGCAACCAGCUCUCUCAGCUCACUUCGAUUCCUCUACCACAACCUGGCGCUCUAGAGACCAGUAUUCGAAACAUUGCUACAGCGCUGGCCGCGGUACGUGCGUUGAAUGGUGCGGCCGAACAGAUUCAUAUAUGGAUCCGUAAGGCAUCCGAUGUGCUUAGCGGCUUAGAUUCGGAGGAUGACGUGGAGUGGGCAGCAGCAGGUGGUCGCGAGGGACUAGACGGAGUGGAUAAAGCGAUUACACGAUUCGAAUCCCUGGUGAAUGUAUAUGUGAAGGCUAUCGAGAAUGUACAGCUUCGAGACGAUAUCGCGAACGUCGAUUCCGAGAGUCUGAAAACCAUCGUGAGGCAGAUGGAAAGCAUCUUACAUAACUGGGCUCAGAUCAAGAUAAAGCUAAGGGGUGUAAAGGAGCAGGUGGAAUUGGCUAUGGAGUGGGAAGAGCUCUGGUCCAAUGUUCUGGGUGAUGUGGGCAUGGAGAUUGAUAAUCUCAGCGGAAUGAUCUUUGAGAUGGAAGAGAAGCGACACCAGUCUCUUUUGGAUAAUGGAGAGUCCACCACUGGACUUGAUAUCAACGAGCUUGAAACUAUUGUCGAGGAAUCACCUAUCAAAGGUCGCUCGCCUGCAAACCGUCACUUGAGCCUUGGGCCUAUGUUAGCCGCAGCUUCUGGUACCCCUGUUAUCAAAACCCCGCAGGAUGAUUCCAGUUAUUCCAAUCUGAUGGCCCUGUUCGCGCGGAUGCAACCUCUCCGAGCAUCGUUGGAUUUCUUGCCCAUGAGACUUUCCAUGUUCCAGUCCCGUGCUGAAGGUGUCUUCCCUAGCGCAUGUGAAGAAGUCGAUGAUCGACGCAGUCGCUUGGAGAAAAGCUAUAAAGUGCUCGAGCAGGAUGCUGAGGCUUUGCGAAAGGAGUUGGGCGAGGACAAGUGGAUUAUUGUUUUCCGAAAUGCUGGCAGCCAAGCACAGAAGAUGUUUGACUCGGUUGAGCGUAGCAUUGCCAAGCUGCAGGAAGGCUUGGAGACGAAUGCUCAGGUUAACAAUCCUGCUAAUUUGACCAAGCGGAUUGAGAACUACGAGGCGAAGAAGAUUCACUAUGUACCUGCUAUCGAGCGUGUGAUCUCCAUCAUUCAGAAGGGAGUAAACGAUCGCCUCACAGUGAAUGGUGAGGUUCUUCGGCUAUUGUCUGAUAUGACCUCGCGGACGGAUGCCCUGAAGGCCAGCUUAAGAGUAAUGGAUUCAUCUCUUGAAGAUGUCCAGAUAUUCAAGGGCCAGCAACUACGGGAUUCCAUUUCCAGUAUCAUUACCAUGGACAGUCCGGCCACGGGUAGUGCUAUUGAUACACCUGGAAGUUCACCUGCAUCUUCGGUUAUUAUGAGUGGUAGCGGAUACAAACCUGCCUCAACGCCCCUGGGUGGCUCCAGCCGUCGCGAAAGCUCUGUCAGUAGCGUCGCGGCUCGUUCAUCAUCCAAGGUCCGCCGAUUUUCAGGUGUGCCACAGCCUACCACGGGCAUGACAGGUCGUAAAUCGUCUCUCCCCAAGCCGUCAGGACUUACAUCCCCGACCCAUGGAAAGCCGAGCUUCGCCGUCACACCCACCCCUGCUGGCCGUAGAAUGUCUCGCGUGCCACAGCCAUCGCCUAUUCCCAACCGUCCUCGAUGGAAUACCAGUACCAAUACGAAUGACCUGGAUGUUGGUCACCCUUACAGGCCCCUGGGUGCUACAACCCCCAAUGGAUACCGCAGGACGUCCGCCCCAACGCGAACAACACCUCGACCUGCCUCAACUGUUCCAUUCCGACGAGACAUGUCUGGCUCGCCGGCACCAAGUAGCGGCCGGUCAGUCAGUCGUCUAUCAACUCGAUUCGCAUCCUCAUCUCGGAGUCCCGUCCGCAAUGCUUCCUCUCCCACACCUGAACGCCCUUCAUUACUCGACCCACCGCCAUACAGCCGUCUUCGCAGAGCGUCCCCUAUGAUGUCCAGUGCCGCUACAGCGGGCAUGAACAAUGCCCCUCGCAGUCGACAGAGUUUUGCGGGUAUGGGAACAACAUUCAGUCGUAGUGUCUCACAUGCGCUAGACAUGGAUGCGAGCCCUACUAAACCCACACGCCCUGGUACAUCGCUGGGUCAUUCUGGCAACAGUCGACGAACCAGUCUCCUUCCUUUACCGAAGCGGACUGCUGAUCAGAUAGCUGCACAGAAAAAGGCAGAUAACCGUCCUCCAUGGCGAGCGUGA